AUGCCGAUUGCCAUGCUCGCGCUCCAUGUUAUGCUGGUUUCUGCUGUUGCGCAGGCCGGUUUCGCAUGCCACCUCAUUUUUCGGUCUCUUCCCACGGAGAGUAUCUGCGCUACUUACAAGUAUGGACCGCGUGCGUGUUGGAAUGCACUUGUUUCUGUUGUGAGGAAGACUGUGCUACCCUCUGGGCAGGAUCCUCUCGACCAGAAGAUACGACAGAUGAUAAUCCGGUCCCGUCUCGAAGUCUUCGCUUUCAUGUUGCCCAUUGGACUGGCCCAGAAUACAUGGCUAUUGCUCAAUGAUUUCAUCCGCAACCGCGUAUGGACAGUACUGGCUUGGUCCUGGUACGGGAGAUCGUCCGGCGAGGACGUAGCAGAGCUAUUGUCCCCAUGGUUGAUGAUCCUAUUCAGGCAACUUAUGACGUUGCUUUUUCUCGCGUUCCCACGGCUCAUCAAUCCCUCAUGCAUUCGUGUAGGAGUUUCUAUGGUGUACUUGCGCCUUACCAUCGAGGCUUUUAUGCGGAGCGAGACGGACUUCGCCUCUUGGGUUGCCAUUACGGCGCCAACGCGCCUCGGGGCCAGCGUCAUGCUCGGAGAGCCUUGGACGGCCACAUGCUUGAACGUGGUGCUUUCUGCAGUGAGCUGCUGGUGUUAUCAUGCAGAGUGGCAUAUUAAUUUCCAUGUUGUUCACUGCUGCAUCACGUUGGCCAUCAUUUAUGGUCUAGACUGCGUGCGGUACGCGCAGUUCAGGGCCGUGCUGGAAGCCAGGAUGUCCCAUAGCGUGGAGGUCGCGGCGGAUGGUCUUCUCACCCGGCUGUGCGACGCGGUGGUGCAUAUGGGAGAGGACCUGCGAAUCACCCAGCCAUCGCCUCACCUGGCCGCGCUGCUCCUCCGUCAAUGCUCAGAAGAGCAAGAACAGCACAACCACAAACUUUCGGAGGUCCGCGUAGAUUUCUUUGGUCGGCGCCGACCCCCCCGCUGGCGGCGCCUCUGGCGUCGUCCCUAG